AUGUUAAAACAAUUCAUCCCCUUCAAUGUACUGGUCGUAUUAUUCUUCGGUUGCAGCUUGGUUAUAGUCUCACUGUCACAGCCUUUGAUUUCCAGCAAUACGUCCAAGGAUUUCAUCCUCAAGGGUAGAUCCCACUGGCCGGUGGGACAAGCUACUACGAUAUAUAAACGACAACCACUACCACAGGAGGACAAAACCUUGGUUUCUAAAACUAAAACUCCUUCAACCAAUUUCAAGCGGCCAACGCUCGAAAUCAGGGAGCUAUCUCGACUUGUUUGA